AGACACAGGUAGCGGGAGAAACGGCGGCAGUGAAGGGAGGAGGAGAGAUGAAAAAAGGAGGGAGAGAAGAAAAAACAGAAGGGAGAGAUGGACGUGUCCUGGUGAGAAAGUGCACAAUUUGUAUCCCAUAAAACCGAAACAAAUCUAUGUUUUCUACUCAUGACAGGACUCAGGAACGUGGACAAUGCCGGAUAGAGGGAGGUGAAGUUCGGAUUUAUUUUCUUUCUGUCUUUUUGUCAAGCGGAAUUUUGCUACUUCUUUCAUUUUGGGGUGUAUUCAUAGUCAGAGAAAGCUGUGGAAAUCCUGUAUAUCUUAAGUGAAAUUCUUCAGUUGCUGGCUAAAGUUUUACCUUCCCCCAUCGAGCAACAGGCUGUUCUGUGAUUCUAAUCUGUCAAGUUGGCCAUAGGGGCGGGAGGAAUGAGUCCGUCUGGACUUCAUGCAAGCAAGCUUUCUUUUUUCUGGUCUUUUUUAAAAACAUGAAGACACAAUGCUGUCCAACCCGUACUCCCGGAUGCGUACUCGGAGGAUUUCUAAAAUAAACGUUCGAUGUUAAGUGGAGAAACAGGAGCGCAUCCGUGAACUGGAGCCUACGCUUUGAGCAUGAAGACUUGGUGUAGCGCUGUUGCUCUACUGGGCUGGGUACUUGUGGUGCUUGAUGCCCAGUAUGUCUGCUGGCAAGCCCUGCUUAGAUGUCAACAGGAAAAAGACUGUGAAUUAGCCUAUAACCAGUAUCUGGUUGCAUGCGAAGAUAAUAUCAGAGGGAGCAGGCGACAGUGCCCCAGCCAUUGCAUCAGCGCCUUGGUGAAACUGAACCAGACCCGCAAUGGACCGGACCUAGAGACAUGUGACUGCGCACAGGAUUCACAGUGUAGGAGGGCGAAACGGGCGAUCGAACCAUGCCUUCCUCGCAGGCAUCCAGGGGACGCAGCUGGCAUAGGGUGCACAGAGGCCCGCCAGCGCUGUGAGGACGACCCAGGCUGCCACUCCACUCUGACAGCCUACCUGUCCAACUGUGGACAGCUUUUCAAUGGCAGGAAAUGCACUGCGACGUGCAAGACUACAAUUCAGCAGAUGCUGUUCAUCCCCAAUGGUAUGCUGCUGAACCGCUGCGUAUGCGACGGCAUGGAGCGACCCUUUUGCGAAGUGGUGAAGGAGAACAUGGGGAAACUAUGCUCAAUCGGGGAUCACGGGGUCUCUACGGCCUAUGCGGACAUGGACGACAUGUAUGAGGAUGAGGACUACGAAAUGAAACCCGAUGGAGAAGACUUGCACCCGGACUUAGGAGUAUUUUCCUCCAGCCCGUCCAAGUUAUCUGCUCAUGCUGCCUUGUUGACUGGUUUGUUGCUGUUGAUAUGGUGUUGGACUAGAACUUUAUAGGGGCUAUAAUAUACGCUUGUGCAGCACUGCUCAUACACCUAACUGGCCCUGGGAGACAAUGAUGGACUAGUGGAAAUGUAAUUCCAAGAGCAUAGGGAUAGAUGUACAGCGAAGCGACAAGACUUUCGAUAAUAUUGCGGAGAAUGCAAUUGCUUUUUAAUGAAAUGAUAGGCAUGUUAGCCUAUUGGACUGAUGUGCCUUUUGGUUUAUUUGAUCCGUGACUCAAAACGAAAAGGCUGUUGUAUUCACUUAUGAUCAACUCCAAAUCACACUCGGAAUGUCCUCAUGCGCCGAGGAAACGGGUUGUUAAGUCUGCUAUAAUGGUACUUAUGCUGCAACAAAACGCUUGAGGGGCUGAUUAUUUGAUGGGAAGUGAACCAAACAUAUAUGUUUAUUGCGAAACGGAAAACAUGGAUUCGUUGACUUUUCUCCGUCUCUCCCUCUUUCCUUUCCUCUUUGUUUUGUGUCGGUGGUCCUUGAAGUGUGUGGCUUUAUUAAGACUUUAGAUAAACAUUAGAGCGUUUUCAUUUGUGUUUACUCUCCCUUCUGCACUCCAGCGCUUGGGCAUUGAAGCCAUCACACUUCAAAUAUUUGUGGUGAACCACGAGAGAACAGGCGAGGUUCUGGGAUCAAGUAGUUAAAUUAACUGAAGUGCCUCUCCGACAGCCCCCACCCAUCUCACUCUCAGUCUCUCCUUGUUUUAUUUACCAUUGACCCCCCUUGCACACAGACACGC